UUUUUUUACGUUCCUGUCUUUGGAAACAUUUUUGGUGAUUCUGCAAGAAUAGUUAAUUGAAAAUAAUGAAGAUGAGAUCAUUUGUGAAACAGUUUUUUUAGACCUUGGAAUGUCAAAUAAUACAUUAAAUUCGUCCUCUCAUUGUGAAAGAAAUAGUAAUGAAUCUACUUCAAGCCAUACAGAAUUCACUGAUGGAAGAUUGUUUUCAGCUGAAGAAACAUGGGAUCUUGAUCAAAGAACCGAAAGUUUCUUAGUUGUGGAGUGUCCUUCGGAAGAUGAUGUAGAAAGCAAAUUUAUGAAUGCUGCCGAGAAAUGUAGUGAAGCCAUGAAUCUUGUUAUCAGAAAACGUGAAAUACUGCUAAUGGAUUUAAAGAAAACUCUUGAAAGAAAGGCUGACACAUCAUUCAGUGUAGUGAAGCAGAAGAUGGCUCUCGUACAUGCAAGCACAGAGGAAUCCUUUCAGAAAAUGAUGAAAGAGCUUAAUGGAACUCUAAGCAGAGUAGGAAAAAGCCAUGAAGAGAUUCAAGAAUAUGUCGAUCACUGCGAAGAUAAGGAUAAGUACAAAGAUGACAUAUCAAAUUAUAUUGCUUUCCUCGAGAAUUCUAAAAAAGAGAAAGAAACUUUAGAAUCUGAAGUUAAAAAUAUUGUUAUUACUUUGGAAUGCAAAAGGGAGGACGACGAUAAUAUGCUAACGGAUUUCAAGAACUGGCUAGAUCAGCAGAUUGAAGAACUGAUCGAAAGGUUGAAAGAAUAUCUGCAGCAGUGCUCCAACCGAAGCAUAGAAUUGAUGGAAAAGAAGAAAGCUGAACUUAAGAACAUACUUCAAGAUAUACAGCUUUUGAAAAAAGUCGGGUGACAAUUUCAAUUUCCUCGUAUUUGAAAUGCGGAAUUUAUGCAACAGAUCUUCUUUUUUUUUUCGCCCGUCAUCGUAGUUUAUAUUUGUUUCCUUAAACAUAAAAGUAGCUUUUUCUUGAGAGGGAAAAAUAAUUCAAUUAACUGUAAAGAAACAGCUCGUUUAGAUUUUUUUUUUUUUUUUUUUAAUUGUUUUUUCCUUAGUUUGAAAACUAUUUUUUCAGUAUUAUAUAAAAGAAUUAAUGAAGUCAUUUCAUUGUUUAGAAAAAUAAAAAAAAAUUCUGAGCUUUUUCUUUCUUCUACAUCAAUUAUCUCAUGAAAAUAUUUUAACGCAGCCGAUA